AUGGGGAUGACGCAGCCCAUUUGCCACCCCCACAACGAGACACGCCUUCUUUUCCUUACCCUCCCCCUCCCCCCCUCCUCCCCUCCUCUUGUGUUCCUCCCUCACCCCCAACCUUUCCCCCUUUCUCAGCUCAUCACCUUCGUCCCUAAGAUCUUCAUCAACACGUUCGUCCUCAUCGACCCCAGCGGCGCCCCCAUCCUGCGCUACAACAAGACGCACCUCUUUCCCUCUGUGGAGGAUGACGUCCUGCCGGGCUCCGGUUCCCUUCCCGUGGUGGACACAGAACUAGGGAGAAUGUCUGUGGCCGUCUGCCUUGACAUGCAGUUCCCUGCGCUCAUCCGCCAGGCUGGCAGACAAGGGUACGUGCGUGUCUGUGCAAAGCCAUGCCUUGUCUUCUUGUUGCAUGUGGUGAAUCUAGUGGAUAUUCUGCUGGAGCCCAGCUGGUCGUGGGGCGCCACAGGCCACCUGCUUUCUGAUGGAGACGCAGUGAGGGCGGCAGAGAAUGGCCUCACUCUUCUACGCUGUUGCUCCGUUGGGGUGUCAGGGGUUGUCUCUCCUCACUAA